AUGGAACUCCUCAACUUCCUCCUCUCUUUCCUCCUGCUAGCUCUGCCAGCAACAGCCCAAUUCCAAUUCUUCGAGCACAUGUUCGGCGGCCAACAGCAGCAGCAACAGUCACCACAGAACGCUGGGUCGGAUAGUGCAUGGUACCAGCAACAGUACGAGGCUGCCCACUGCGACCGCUACCUCUGCCCCCACACCCUAUCAUGCGUCCACUUCCCACACCACUGUCCAUGCCCUUUCCCAGAGGUGGAGGAUAAAGUCGAGUUUGGGGAUGGGAGCAUGGCUUGUAUUUCCAGAGGAGGCUGGGCGGCGGGGGAAAGCGCGAGGAAAGUUGAGUUGGCUAGGAAGGGGUUGUUAUGA